UAGAUGUACUUUUUUCAUUUCUCACAAAAUCAGGAACUUUGAUGAAUUAACACAGAUUUGAUUUUAAACUUCAGCCUGUUAAAGCCUCCGGCGGUAAUUUCUAUAUGUAAUGGUGCUUAAUUAAAAAGAACUCUGUACUGGAAAAUAAAUGGAAAAUUAGCAAUAAUGCGCACAGAACAAUAAUAGGACCAUGUAAAUAACUAAUGAACGAAGUGCAAAAGGAAAGAGCGCGGGAGGUACUGGGAAGGCCGGGCAGCGUUGCCAGGUCGGGGAUGGGUGGGAGAUCGGAGAGGCUCCAGCUCCUCCUGGGAAAGUAGUGCGGCGCUGCCGCGGGCUGCUACAGGGCGGGCGCGGUGAAGAGGCGCAGGCUGGCUGACGCCGGGCCGGGCCGGGCUCGGCGCUGCGCAGCUUGUUGAUCGAGCCGCAUAUGGAGUGGAGGUGGCCCAGGGCAGGCAGCCUCGGCGGCCCAGAUCCGGAAGAAAAUUAUCUGAAUACAUUCCAAAAUCGAUUCAAGAUUCUUUUACCCUGUGGAUUUUAAACUGGACUUUUAGGGGCAAUCCUGCUGAACAAAGAAACAGAGUUUGUAUCUCAAGAUUGGUUUGAUGCCCAAAAUAAUAUUCCUUUUUAAAAUACUUAAGAACUAUUGUUAAUCUCUUAAAACACAAUAGCAACCCUGCUAUUGGUUUCAAAACUGGUUGAGAUGACUACAAUGGCAAGUUUAUUCUCAUUCACCAGCCCGGCUGUGAAACGCCUACUGGGCUGGAAGCAAGGAGAUGAGGAGGAAAAAUGGGCUGAAAAAGCAGUUGAUGCAUUGGUGAAGAAACUCAAAAAGAAGAAGGGAGCCAUGGAAGAGCUAGAGAAGGCAUUAAGCAGUCCUGGUCAACCUAGUAACUGUGUCACUAUUCCUCGGUCUCUAGAUGGUCGCCUUCAGGUAUCGCAUCGAAAGGGCCUACCACAUGUUAUUUAUUGUCGUGUAUGGCGUUGGCCCGAUCUUCAGAGUCAUCAUGAACUGAAGCCAUUAGAAUGUUGUGAAUUUCCAUUUGGCUCAAAGCAGAAAGAAGUCUGCAUUAAUCCAUAUCACUAUAAACGAGUAGAAAGUCCUGUUCUUCCUCCAGUGUUGGUUCCGAGGCACAGUGAAUUUAACCCACAGCAUAGUCUACUUGCACAGUUUCGUAAUUUGGGACACAGUGAUCCUCCUAUGCCACAAAAUGCUGCCUUUCCAGUUUCCUUUCAGCAACCAAACAACCACCCAUUCCCUAACUCUCCCAAUAGAAGCUAUCCAAGCUCCCCUGGAAGUAGUACGUAUCCUCAUUCUCCAGCAAGUUCUGGGCCAAGCAGCCCAUUUCAGAUGCCAGCUGAUACACCACCUCCUGCAUAUAUGCCUCCGGAUGAUCAGAUGACACAAGAUGGCUCACAACCCAUGGAUACAUCAAAUGUUCUUGUAUCUACAGUUCCGCCAAAUAUAUCCAACAGAGCAGAUGUUCAACCAGUUGCUUAUGAGGAACCAAAACACUGGUGCUCCAUUGUCUAUUAUGAGCUAAAUAAUCGCGUGGGAGAAGCUUUCCAAGCCUCCUCUACCAGUGUCCUGGUUGAUGGUUUUACUGAUCCCUCGAAUAACAAGAAUAGAUUUUGUCUCGGUCUUCUUUCCAAUGUGAAUCGUAACUCAACUAUUGAGAACACCAGGAGACACAUUGGCAAAGGUGUUCAUCUCUAUUAUGUUGGUGGAGAAGUCUAUGCUGAAUGCUUAAGCGACAGUAGUAUUUUUGUACAAAGUCGAAACUGCAACUACCAUCAUGGAUUCCAUCCAACAACUGUCUGCAAGAUCCCCAGUGGAUGCAGUUUGAAGAUCUUCAACAAUCAAGAGUUUGCCCAGCUUUUGGCCCAGUCAGUAAACCAUGGCUUUGAAGCGGUUUAUGAACUAACUAAGAUGUGCACCAUACGAAUGAGUUUUGUAAAGGGUUGGGGAGCUGAGUAUCAUCGACAGGAUGUAACAAGUACCCCUUGCUGGAUUGAGAUUCAUUUGCAUGGUCCUCUGCAGUGGCUGGAUAAAGUUCUCACCCAGAUGGGUUCCCCACAUAAUCCUAUCUCCUCUGUGUCAUAACAGUGCUUGUUAUGCUGCCUCAUAGUGCUCAUAAAUCUUUGUGUUGAUUUUCUGGAGUUUGUAAUAUCGUGAAGGACUAAUAAAGUGGGUACAUUCUGGACUGUAAUGAAUGGGAAUCUGGAAGUUACUUGACCUUUUGUGACCAAUUGUUGGAGAAAGAUGAUCAGUCUUUUUAGUAUACUGCUGUUCUUGUGAAAGUGUUCAGUUUACACUGUAGUAUUCCACUUCUGCCUAAUCUGAAGAGCUUGUAUAGAUUAUGAUUUUAGAAUGCUAAAAUGAUGAAAGGUGACCAAGCAUAGAUAAUUCUCUUGAAUGUUAACUGAUGUUUUUAAAUGCUAGUUUGUGGGCAAGAAAGAGAUGCAACAUCUUUUUUUCAUUCAUUGUAGCACAAUUGCUGCACAGUUGGUAUGUUAAAAUUGAAGGUAUAUUGCAUGGAUGACUUGCAAAUCUUCUAUACAUUAGGUCACUUUAAAUCUAAAGUACAAAUGUGGAAGUGGACAAAAUGAGCCUUGUGUGCAGCUCUGUCUUAAGUGCUGACGUCAACUUUAAAAAAAAUUAAAUCAGAAGAGUGUCAAGUUACGAUUUAAUUUGCAGUGGAUUUCCAAGGUGUGAAUGGAUGCACAUAUAUGAUGAAAUUUAAAAUUGUUACAUUUGUCCUCAUUUCAAUUUUUUGGGACUUCAAAUUUGAUAGUAGAAGAAGUGGGUAAGUGGGCAAUGUGACCUGUGCUGUUUGGUGAAUUCAGUAUUUUUAACCAUUACAUUCUGUAUAAUGUGUACUUUUUCAAGUCUAUAAAGCUACUGUUCAGUUACUAGUAGCUAAGCAUUAGUUUUGAGGUUGUUAAUUAAACGUUUUUUUUAAAACACAA